GUGUGGGUUCAGCUGCAGGGUGUGUGACAGCAGAACUAUGAGACGACUUUCCAACUCCUCUUUUCUCCCGGUACCAGGUUCGCUCUGAGCGGCGAUGGAGUCCAGCGGUGUGUCUGAGCAGCUGAAGGAGAGUUGGGUGACCCUGAGCAGCGACCCCAGGGUUUCACAGCUCCUGAACACCCGGGUGGGUCAGUACAUGACCCGCCACCCGUCCGUCGCCCUGGCCGUGCUGCUCUUCAGCGUCCUGUCUGCGCUGCCUGUCGGACUCUUCCUCGUUUUCGCCUGCGUCUCCAUCCUCAUCUCCUUCGUGGGGUUUGUUUUCUUCCAAGUGGUGCUGUUGUUCGGGGUGGGAGUGACGCUCCUCUCUGUCCUGUCCGGGCUCGCGGUCUUCUCCGUGAUGACGUCAGUGAUGGUCACAGUGUCUUACUUCACCAUCUCCAACAUUCUCACCUACUUUUAUCCUCACUCGGCUCCUGAAGUCCAGGAGGAGGACAGUGUCACCAAGAACUGACCCUGGGUCCCGAACAAUCUGGACUUAAAUCAGAAGAAGCACACUACUAAUGUUACCUAUCCAUAUUUAUACUUCAGAUUUGUACUAGAAAACACUGCCACUGACUGGCAUUUUAAUGCUUUAUAAAUGUUUAGAAGGCAAAGAGCUUCAUGCCAAACUCACUUGACUGCUGCAGUGUGUGUCUGUGGUCUUCCUGCUACAGACCAAUGAUAAUCAGCAAUGUGCGUCUGAAAGAUGCUGGAAGGCAAAGAGUUUUGCACAAAUCCACGUCAGUGUCUGUGUUCGCUAUGUGGUUCAAUAAAUGCUUUUUGUCUAUGAUGCA